AUGGUGAAGUGGAAGGCGGGAGGUGUUCGAAGGAUGUCACACAGUGGGAACCUCAUGGAAGUGGAGGAAACCAAGAAGGAUUUAGGUCAGUACCCAACAUUUCCCAAAUAUAUUUAUUUAUUUGCCCCCCUCCUCCACUGCCACCCCUCCUCCUCCUCCUCCUGUUCCACCGUCCUCCUCCUCCUCUUCUGCCCCCUCCUCCACCCCUCCUCCUCCUUCUCCUCCGCACCCCCUCCUCUUCUUCCGCACCCCCCCUCCUCCGCCCCCUCCUCCUCCUCCUCCGCCCCCUCCUCCUCCUCCUCCGCCCCCUCCUCCUCCUCCUCCGCCCCCUCCUCCUCCUCCUCCGCCCCCUCCUCCUCCUCCUCCGCCCCCUCCUCCUCCUCCUCCGCCCCCUCCUCCGCCCCCUCCUCCUCCUCCUCCGCCCCCUCCUCCUCCUCCUCCGCCCCCUCCUCCUCCUCCGCCCCCUCCUCCUCCUCCUCCGCCCCCUCCUCCUCCUCCUCCGCCCCCUCCUCCUCCUCCUCCGCCCCCUCCUCCUCCUCCUCCGCCCCCUCCACCUCCUCCUCCGCCCCCUCCACCUCCUCCUCCGCCCCCUCCACCUCCUCCUCCGCCCCCUCCUCCUCCUCCGCCCCCUCCUCCUCCUCCUCCGCCCCCUCCUCCUCCUCCUCCGCCCCCUCCUCCUCCUCCUCCGCCCCCUCCUCCUCCUCCUCCUCCUCCUCCUCCUCCUCCGCCCCCUCCUCCUCCUCCUCCGCCCCCUCCUCCUCCUCCUCCUCCUCCGCCCCCUCCUCCUCCUCCUCCGCCCCCUCCUCCUCCUCCUCCUCCUCCGCCCCCUCCUCCUCCUCCUCCUCCGCCCCCUCCUCCUCCUCCUCCUCCUCCUCCUCCUCCUCCUCCUCCGCCCCCUCCUCCUCCUCCUCCUCCUCCUCCUCCUCCUCCGCCCCCUCCUCCUCUCCUCCUCCGCCCCCCCCCUCCUCCUCCUCCGCCCCCUCCUCCUCCUUCUCCGCCCCCUCCUCCUCCUUCUCCGCCCCCUCCUCCUCCUCCUCCGCCCCCUCCUCCUCCUCCUCCUCCUCUGCCCCCUCCUCCUCCUCCUCUGCCUCCUCCUCCUCCUCCUCCGCCCCCUCCCCCUCCUCCUCCGCCCCCUCCCCCUCCUCCUCCGCCCCCUCCCCCUCCUCCUCCGCCCCCUCCCCCUCCUCCUCCGCCCCCUCCCCCUCCCCCUCCCCCGUCUUCCGCCCCCUCCCCGUCUUCCGCCCCCUCCCCGUCUUCCGCCCCCUCCCCGUCUUCCGCCCCCUCCCCGUCUUCCGCCCCCUCCCCGUCGUCCGCCCCCUCAUCCUCACCCCCCUAUUCC